AUCAAAUACAUAUACAUAUAUAAUAGUUAUAAACACACAGACGUUAACUAUAAAUAAUAAAAAUGCAUCAUAGCUGACAUUAGGCUAGAUAAGAUUAAGAUUGUAAACAUUACUGAAAUUAGCUACAAUCAUAGGGAAUUUUGUAAGUUGCAUUAACUGAACUGUAUAGGGUUAUUUCAAACGGUUAAACAAGCAAAUAUUCAAAAUAUCUGAACUACUGAAACAAAGCGCGAAAAGUUUGAUAAAAUUUUCUAAAAUGUCAUCGAAUUAUUUUGAGAAAAUAAAACUUCAAGCUCGCCAGCUUGAUGAUGGUGUUGAAAAGUUAAUUAAAACAUGGAAGUUGCCACAAAUUUUAAUUGGAGGUUUUGGUGAAUGUACUGAAGAAACAGAUGUUCAUAUUGGAGCAGUAUGGAAUACCAUAAGGAAUACACAGAAUGGUAUAGAAAAAGUUUUAUCAGAAUUAAAAAAUGCAAAGGAUGAUGACAAUGAAACAUUCGACAUGGAACAAUUUUUACAAGAAUCCAGAGCUGAAUAUGAUCAUUUAAGAACACAGUGUGAUGAGUUGAAUAAUGUUUUAGCAGAAUAUGGUUAUCAUUAUGAUGAUAGUGAUGCCUUGGACCAGACUGACACAAAUAAUGGCAAGGAAUCCUAACCAGUAAUAAACUUUAUUUAUUUAAGAGGAGAAGAUAUGGGAACUGAAUGAUUAAUACCAGCAACUAUUGAAAGUUUCAAUUCCACAUCGUAUACAACAUUUGUACAUAGUAAUUUAGCUUUAAUCAGUUUUUAAUCAAUUUUAUUGCAAAAAAAGUUGCAUGUAAUAAUUACAACAAUCAGUUUAUGUCACAUGUUUUGAUAACAUGUUGAUGCAAAGUUGAAAAAAUUAUGUACCCUUAAUCUUAUAUGUAAUAUCAAAUUUUUAUAAAUAAUUUAUAUAUUGUUUGUACACUGUUUAUUCCUAAUUAAAAUUUUUUAAAGAGAUAAUUAUAUCUUAGAGCAUGUAUAGAACUGUUGAACACCUAAUAUUGUAGUAAAU